UGAGCGUGUUCAUUAGUACGCAGAGGAAGGGGAGGAGGUGGACCGCUCGUCUUCUACGUCCCGCCGCUGCGCUCAGAGCCGCUGUUCCACUUCGCCACCGGCCCCGCUCACGGCAGCAGCCCACUUCUUCUCCUCCUCCUCCUCCAGCGGGAUAUUCUCUUUUGUGUUUCUAAUAGCAGAGACAGACAAAGUGCCAACCGUUUUUUGUUCGUCUCUCCACAGCCGGGAGAGAUACAUCUGAGAGACGCUGCUGCUCGUCGGGGUGGUGGUGUUGGGUUGGACACGGUGUUUCAUGGUCCCACACACACACCUCGCCUUCGCCGUCUCCUUUUUGAAAGGGGUGAAGUUCUAACGUCGACUUUCGUGAAGUUUUUUUUUUUUUGUUGGGGUUGGGGGGCGGGGGUUUGCCCCGAGAGGACGAGCACAUCCAGCCCGGCAUCACCAUCAUCAUGACUCGGAGAUCCUGUGCCAUUUACGCCACCGGCAUCGUGUGCGCGCACCUCCUCAUACUGGGGAUCGCCCUGAUCGUCGCGCAGGUCUUCCAAACGAUGAUACACAGCCGGUUAAAAAAGGAAAUGACUUUGACGGAGAAGAGCCAAGUGUUUGAGUCAUGGAAGAAUCCACCACCACCUGUUUACAUGGAGUAUUACUUCUUCAAUGUGACCAAUCCAGAGGUGUUCUUGAAAGGAGGGAAGGCGUCCGUUAAACAGAUCGGACCCUACACUUACAGGGAAUACAGACCGAGGGAAAACGUCACUUUCUUGGAGAACGGCACCAAGGUUUACGCCCUGAACCCCAAAUCCUUUGUGUUUGUUCCCGAGAAGUCCGCCGGUAAUCCUGAGGUAGACGUCCUCGUGACCGUCAACAUCCCAUAUGUGGCGGUGAUGAGCGAGCUGAACUCCUACUCCUUCUUCCUCCGAUCUCUAGUUUCCAUUUACAUGAACAGUCUGGGCAUUGAGCUGUUCAUGAACCGCACUGUCCAUGAGAUUCUGUGGGGAUUCAAAGACCCUCUCCUCACAAAGAUUCACUCAAUGAAGCCUGAAGUGGACGAAUAUUUCGGGCUGAUGUGGAAGAAAAAUGGCACUCAUGAAGGAGAGUUUGUGUUCCACACUGGCGAGGAGAACUACUUGGAUUAUGGCAAGAUCGACACGUGGAACGGCCUCAGUAAGAUGUCGUGGUGGUCUUCCAAUCAGAGCAACAUGAUCAACGGUACGGACGGCGCCGUCUUCCACCCUCUAAUAAACCGGAAUGAGUUGCUCUACAUCUUUGCUGCCGAUCUCUGCAGGUCCAUUCAUUUAUCCUAUGUGAAAGACGUGGAGGUGAAAGGCAUCCAGGCGUACCGCUUUGCACCCCCUAGCGAUGUCCUCAUGAGUCCCAAGGACAACCCCACUAAUGAGGGCUUCUGUGUGCCGGCUGGAGACUGUCUCGGCACCGGGGUGCUUAAAGUCAGCGUUUGUCGAGAAGGCGCUCCCAUCGUGGUGUCUUUCCCACACUUUUACCAAGCCGACCCCAUGUACAUCAACGCUGUUGACGGACUCAGCCCCAAUAAGGAGGAACAUGAGACAUACCUCGACCUGCAACCGACCACAGGAGUUCCCAUCCGUGCCUGCAAGCGAGCCCAGCUCAAUAUCAUUCUGAAGCGAGUUCCAGGCUUCCCCAAAACCAAGUACAUCAACGAGACCAUCUUCCCCAUCAUGUUUGUCAAUGAGACGGCGACUAUUGACGAUGACUCGGCUUCCCAGAUGAGGACGCUGCUCCUCAUUGUGACCCUCGCGUCCAACUUCCCCUUGCUCAUCGUGGGCAUGGGCAUCAUCCUGCUGCUGGUGCUUGUGGUCUUGUUCUGCCGAAACCGCCAGAAGAAGAAUGAAGUAAAACGUAUUGAUUUUACUGAAGCUUUUCAUUCUUUUACUACGGCAAAAGAUGACACGGCUUACACUCAGGUCAGCGACAAACCGGAGGAGCAGUCGGAAACGCCGGCCAACCAGCCAAUGAGGAACGGCUCCUACAUUGCCAUGUCUCCAGUGGAGGCCCAGAAGUGUUGAUCGAGGAUCUCCCGGCCAAGCGUGGAGCUCAGGAAGGGGGCCGAGGGAGCAGCACAGGGGUGUUACAUUAACACGGGUGGGGGUUUACACACAGUGGGCUCAUUCCCACAUGUUUUUGGGGGGUGGGGAGGAUAGGGAAAAGUGGUGGGGCAGAAACCCCUGUAAAUAUUUGGUCAGCAAAGACAUUGCUCCUCUCACUGAGCCCUCUCAUGACUGUCUGUCCUCCUCUACUCUACCUGCUGAGCAUGGCCCUCACUGCCUGCCGUACUGCAACACAACAAACUCCCACACCUUAAUUUCUCAUUUCUGUCCUGGUCGGCCCUUAGAGAUGACGGGACGCUGGGCGGGCGGGCGGCCUUCGGCCAGGACGAGCCUUUUUUCCCCGUAAUUCUUCUGAAGGAACAUGGUAGCAUAGGUGUCGCUGCUGCACAAGGAUGCAUGAUCUCCUGAGCAGACUCUGCUGACUAAUAUGGCUCAGAGAGAGUUUAUUAUUCACCUAGACGUCAGCGGGUAUGGUUUUCUUGCUCUUUCCUCUCCCAUCAGUGUUGCGUGAGGAGGACAUGUCAAACCAACACAUACAUUUUUUUUUUUAAAAAGCCCCUGUAAACUGAAACCUUAGGACAAAACUGUGAGCUCCCGGGCUCAGUGGAGAAAAAUGGUUUUGCUAACAAAACUGAACUUGGCAUAUCCUUUUUGUAGAAAAGAAAAGAAAAAAAAAGAUGAAGAAAAAACUGACUGAGCCAAACUAUUUAUAGAAUCUGCCUCUUUUUUUUUCCCUAAGACUAAUUGGUGCGCACACACAUACACACACGACCCCGCACUUCCAAGUAUUUGUUAUUGAAAGUGUAUGUGCAACUUUAUCUUACAUUGCAGUGUCCUGCUUUGAUGGACAAUGGUCAACAGUUUUUCUUCAUGCAGGCACUAUGUAGUGUGACACCUGAAAUACUCGUGAUUCCCCUCCUUGUUAUUCUGUCGGCACCAUCACUUGUAAAAAAAAAAAAAUUUUUAAAAAGAUGCCCUCAUUAGUUUAGGUGAUAUUGAGUAGAUUUCAGAUUAUUAGGAUUGCCAGCCGUAGCCUGAUAAAGAACCUUCUGGGCCUCAUCGCAUAUUCGGAACAAAAAAGGAAAAAGAAACAACCAACAGAUCUUACUAAGGGAGACUUGAACCUGCGUUCUGCCUUAAAACGGUUAAGCGUGUUCUGUAUGUUAAAACAUUAUUGUUCAAAUGAGCUGGAAAAUCUCGUGUCGCUAUUGUACAUAUAUAAAAGGGGAGACGUCGAGAUACCUCCGACCAAAUCCAGCAAGCAAGUCCUCCGGGUUGCGCAGACGGACGCCAACUUUGCUCGGGUGUCGCCCGCUCCUGCACAUCUACACUGUUACUUAUUAGAGAAAGCACAAUUUGGAUUGCUGAGAAUCAGUCCUUACACAAGGCUGCCAGGUUUUUUGGGGGUCCUAUAAUUAUAUAAAUAUAUAUAUAUAUAUAUAUUUACAGCUUAUCUGUCAAAGACACUGUCAAGUGCCGUGACUAGUAAAAUAAACAAAUAAGUGGAAUCAUUUGUGUGUUGAGGGAGCCCUGUUCACCACUCACCGCUGUGCAGCCGUACGGUUUGCCGAGUAAAUUCAGGCAUUCGGGCAAAACGCAGCACACAGCACUUGAAUCACUGUUUGUCUUAAGUUUCCUGUUGCGUUUUCGGUUCGCUGUCCGCCACACCACGUCACGUCAAAACCCCAUUGGUGUUCAUCAAUGAGGCCAUAAUACUGUCAAUGUGGGAAAUUCCCUGCACUUUGCCUGCAUAUUGUGCCCUGUGUAUGUUUUCUUUUCUUUAAAAACUAAAAAACAAAAAUAGAAUUCAUGGUUUUCUUUUUGUUUUUUUGUCCUGGUCAUUUCGAUACAGGUGGUCCAUACAUUCAGUACAUCUCAACGUUUUGUCCAGGCUAGUAUUGGUUAUGAUGAUUUUGUUGUGAAUGGACAGCAGACGUCCCUGCCUCUGUGCUACUUGCUUCUCAGCACAUAGUGUCUUCUUUUGAUAUACUUUUGUAUUUGUCAUUGCUGCUAAAAGAUGCCACAACCUAUGGACGUCAUUAUGGGCUAUUUACCACAAUGUGCUCGUAUUCAGGUUGAUUCACACAGGCUCCCUGUUUUCUGUGUUGACAACCCUUUUGACAACCUGAGCACAAGAAGAAUCCCAACGCUUGCUGCCAUUUACUGGAAUUAGCAGUUGCAGUUAUCACUUAGCUGUAUUUUCAUCAGUCAUUCCUCCAUUAGCAGAUGACAUGACCAUAUCACACGUGUCACAGGGGUUUUUAACAAAGGGUUAGAAAAGGACGAGCCACUUGUUUAAGAUUUGUGUCAAAGUCUUGCCUUGAGUCUAAUGACACGGUGGUGGAGAGUUCUUUAGAGCAGAGCUUCGACACUUGCUUUUUCGCUUUCUCCUGGAGAGUUGGAUGAGAAAUGCGAGACUCUGCAGCUUCUCUUGUUCCUGAAUUAUAGCGAAUAAACGUGUUCCUCAAAAUGUCAAACUAUUCCUUUAAGGUGAAAUCAAUUCACCAAAGGCCUUUUUCAUUUCACCUACAUGCAAGAAACUUCCACCUGGUGCAAACUCACAAGCCAUUCUUAUCCAGCUUUUGAAAAUCCUUACUUGAACCUGAAAGACCUUAAAUCCAUGAGUCGUGUGUCUGUUGCUUGUACAGCGUUGGUUCAAACACACACACCCCUACCUGAGCCAUCACUGCUCCACCUGUCUGACUUGUACUACAUUGACCUCUGAGUGCAAUCCUUCAUACCCAUUGGCUCGUCCCUGCUUGACCAAAGAUAACCCACAUAGAUCUGCCCCAGCGCAGUGUUUACUCUCCUGUGCGAUAACGGCUGUGCCACAAAACUACCGCCUACCUUUUCUUUCUUUUUUCCUUUAAAAUCGUGCCACCACUUAUGUGAAGUAUUUGCAACAGUGUUAUAUGUGUGUGUGUGUGUGUGUGUGUGUGUGUGUGAGAGUGUGUGUGAGGCAGAAAGCAUGUAUGUGCCUUUUUACAUCAAGGCAAAAAUAAUAAGUAAAUCACAGAUGUUAGUUUGAAGGAUAUUGCUUUUCUUCACCCUGUGCGCAAAAGCAAAGGAAAUUAAUCAAUGCUCUUGGUGAGCGGAAGAAAAUUCUCAGUAUAGAGCAAUACAGACCUGUGUAAAAUAAAUUGUGGAUGUUUUGAGGCUACACAAUAUUUAUGUAGAUUCUACUUUCCUGAAUUUUGGGUUUUUUUCUUGGUUUCAAUUGUGUAGGAAUAUUCCCAUGUUUUUUUUUUGUGUAGAAUGAUUUGGUUCUUUUAUUUUGUUAUAUCCAGCUUGGAGUGCAAGCACAUUUCAUUUCCAUUCAUCAUUUCAUUUUUUUCACACUAGGCAAACCGAGUGUAAACGACGGACCAGUAUUCGACACUGGGUCCGGACAGAGCCCUGUAAAAACGUCUGUAGGAGUGUUCACGAAUGGCUACAAUGACGACUAUGAGAAAUUAUGAGUAAAAAACUAAAAAAACUGUGGAGCUGUUUGUGGAGUGAAAUGCUACAUUUCUGUCAAACUGGAGUGAUUUACUGGAAGGCUGAUUAUCUUGACUAAGUAAAGUAUUGAUCCUGUAUAACCUGUAUCUAGAUGAAUGAAGCCCUCCUUCAGGGAUGAGCACUAGUGCCAUACCAUCCUUGGUUGAUAUUAAUUUUUUAUAUUUUUUUUCCUUAAUUUGCUCCUUGGUGUAACAAUCUCCCUGUUUCGAUGUUCUGAAGUCACUAACAGACGUUUCCUCUUUAAGAUAUACUAAUUUUGUUUUGCUGCUGAAGAUGACAAUCCCCUUGUCAUGUGAGGUGCAAAAUGAUUUUCAAAGUAAUAUCCGUUUUUAGUUUUGAUAAUUUACACCGCACAGAUGUUUCUACAGUGCUUUUGUAAACAUUUCUAGUGAAUUUGCAAAAAAUAAAAGUUGCACUGGGGUGCAAAAAUUCA